GUCGCUUGCUUGACAUUGUGUCGACAAGGAUAAAGGGGCGACGAUGAGAUAUCCAAGCUCCCCAUUUUUUCUUUUCAAACUUGCCAUCUCUUGAGGAUUCAUAUCGACCACGAUGUUGUCAUCUGAAGAUGAGAGUCUGGUGAUUGCAAAGCAGAUUUGUAGCCGGAGGCGGGCGAAGACAACGAGCCGAACGCCUCUCACAACAACGGCUAUAACGGCUGCGACGGUCAAGAAUAGAUCGAGGUUAUCUCCUUCCCUGAACCACGUUCUAAACCGUACCUCAUCGCUUUCAACGCUUUCUCUCCCCUCUCUCUCCCCUCUUUCCCCUCUCGCCGCAACCCCGACCUCUCCAAUUAUUCCGCUAUCGAUGCCAAAUCCAACCUUAGUCGACAGCGGUGACGAUGAUCCAUAUUCAGAUGACGAUGACAUGCUUUGGCAUCGUGGAGGUGGUGUAAGACGUGCCAGCACGCCGUCGUUCGCAUCGAAACGAGUAAACAGCGCGACUUCAUUCGGGAGCGGAGGGAACAGACCAUAUGGAAUUCCCAACGGCAGUUCUAAUGCAAAUUUACAAGUUUAUUCGAUACAACGUGGUGGCGCCAGCACUUCUCAGGUUCAUGACAAUGUGAAUGAGGAUCCUCCAGACUAUCCAUACCAGUACGACAGCAGCCACGUCCCUAAAGUCGGCUCCUCUUCAUACACAUCUGCAUCGCCUUUGGCAGUCAAUAUGAGCUUACGAGCACGUAUAUUCAGCUUCGCAGCGUCACCGACGUCCUUCUCCUUCGCAAAUCUGGUUAAAGGGAAAGGAAAGGCUAGAGAACGUGAGAGAUUGAUUUCUACCAAACCCGGAGAGAGAGGUGCAGGAGAAACGGAGACUGAAGUGGACGAACCUCCCAAACACCUGCCGACUGCGCGUCUGGUCGCGUCUGGGGAACCAUUAAUUCCCCAGCAUAUGCUACAAGCACGUUUGACGCCACUUCUAUUUGAAUUUUCUCGGCUUCUUUCCAUCGUACCUGCAUGCAUUGGGAUCAUAUGGUGUACCUGGUGCAUAGUUCAUCAUGAAGGGGAGGUAGCGCUAAGCACGAAGACACAGGAUAGACCGGACAGGUUGGAUUAUAUCGUUUCCAUCUUAUGGGCUCUCCUCACCGGCUUUCAAUGCCUUGCGCUUACGACCGGUCUUUUGACACGAUGGAGAGUUUAUUAUCCCCCUCUACCAACAUUGAUCAGGCUCCUUGCGCUACAAGCUAUAUGCUGGCCUGCGACACAAUUUACUAUGCAACUGUUUGACGUUACAGCACGGCCUGCAACGACGUGGGCUAUAGUGGGGACUACAACGUGCAUGUCUCGUUCUGUUCAAAUAUGGGUUACUAGUAACCUCUGGUGGGACACGGGAUCAGAUAACAAGAAGACGGACGAGGGAUUCUGUGAUGAUCAUGGUCCAAGGUGGCGUGGAGGUCGUUGGGGAGGUCGACGAUGGGAUUGGAAUGAGGUUGUAUGGAAAUGCGUACUUCCUGCAGGUGUUGUGUAUUGUGUUAUGGCUUGGGUCGGAGAGCUGAGGAGAGAAUUGGACGGGUAUUAACAGAAGUCUGGCUGGCUCUUUAUGAAUGACUGCUUCAGUUUUUUUCAGCUUGUUUUGGUACGUCUUGGAAUGCAUUGCUAUACUGCGUGCUUUAGUGCGGUC